AUGGCUACAAGAAGGGAGCUCAGAGGUUAUCUGAAACAGAGCCAAAGGACCUCAGAGAUAGCUGAUGCGCCAUUGCCGUCAAAUCUGAAAUCCACUGGUCAAGCAAGUGGCACAGAGAAUGAGAUUCGGGUCAGAUCAAAACGUUCGAGCCAUAGUCGAAAGGAACGUGUCAAGGAACACAAAGAUGAUGAGCUGGUGAAAUACAUGUCCAAGUUGCCAGGUUAUCUCCAGCGUAUGGAGAGUGGAGAAGAGAGUGUGCAAAGUCAUGUUUUGAAUGUUGGAGUCUUGGAUUGGGGACGUCUAGAGAAGUGGAAGCAUGGCCGCAAAAGAGGCGCCGAAAGAUCAGGAAAAACUAUUGCUACUGCUUCUACUUCAGGAGUAGUUCCCAAUGACCAAGAACGCAUUUUCCCAAAUCUCGGUAAAGGGAAAGCCUCCCGGGAUCUUCAACAUUCUGUUAGAUGCACUUUGGAACCUGAGUUAGCUUCUAGGGAUUCGUUAAAUAAGCAAGAAAUAGCAACUUGCAGCUAUAAGUCCUCUGGUAGAGAUCAUCUAGGAGCUGGGAAGAGCAGAAGACCGGCUUCAUCCACUUCAGGUUUAUUGUCAGAUAUGGGAAACUCCGGGGGAUCGCUAGGCACGAAGGAGACUCAGAAGAGAGCAGGGAUGAUACAUGCACAAGAAGCAAGAGAAAGAGCUACAGAAAGUGUUGAGGAUUUAGAUGGAGAGGAGAAGAUCAUUGGAGAUAUGAAAGCUGGACUUGCUUCUGGAGAGCAAGAGAUUCAGAUCAGCAACAUUUUUCUCCUCCGAUCAAGAAAACAUUCCGGAAGCACUCUCUCCGGUGAGUCCCAGUCCCAAAUGCCACUGGAUGAUAACAUGAGAAGAGUAGCAAGGGAGGUUACACGCUCUCUCGACUUAUCUGAAGGAAUCAAUAGCUCUUUAGAAUUGACUUGUUCUCAAAUUCCUCGUUCAUGUCCUCUUUCUAUCGACCUAGAGAGAGAUUCUCAAGAUAGAAUGUUGGCUCAUGGUGUUGACAAUUCUGGUAAAAAGGAACGUUUUGGUGGGAGAAUUCAUUCAAAGACAGUGAUUGAUCAAGAAAUGCGUGAAGAUGAAUCCGGAAAGAGCAGACACCAUUCACCAAGCAAGCGGUUUAGUUUUAGCUUUGGCCGUCUCAGCAGAAGUUUCAGCUCCAAAGAGGAUUCAGCUGAUAAUAUCAUCAAAUCUGAUUCUAUGAGAUUCGAUGGUUCAGUUUGUCCAUCUCAGUCAGGUAACACGGAGGAGCAGUGUGGAUCGCGAGUUAGCCCUCUGAGAAGGCUUCUAUUGAAAUCCAAAGGCUCUGAAAAUACUCUUCCAUCAAAAGCAAGAUCAAGUUCAAAGCCAACCAACAUCGACGUACCGCUUCAAGAUGAAAAGAAGCAGGAUGCAUCAAGAACACGAGCUCUUUUCCAGCUAACGGUUAGAAACGGGAUCCCUCUGUUUCAGUUUGUGGUUGAUGAUAACAACAGCAACAAGAAGAAGAAGAAGAGCAGUAGGAGUGUUCUUGGGGCUACGAUGAAAAGCUCGGCUUCAUCUUUGAAAGAAGACGAUACUGUUCGGCACUGCACUUUCUACUCUGUUAAAGAAGCCGAAAAGAAAAAAAGCGGAAGCUGGCUGAUCCAUGGACACAAGGAGAAACAAGGCGGGUUCGUCUACAAUGUAAUCGGCCAAAUGCGGCUGAGCAGCUCAGAUAUAACCGAGAAUAAAUCCGGAAACAACACCUCUCCUGUGGUCGCAGAAUCAGUUCUGUUUGAUGGAUCAGAGCAAGUAAUAGGGAGGAGAGAGGUUGCAGCUGUAGUGAUCAAGAAGAAGCCUGUCGAGGAAGCGACUGUGAUCAUUCCAGGCGGCGUGCACAGUUUCCCGGAGAAAGGAGCACCGACACCGUUGAUUAGCCGGUGGAGAUCCGGAGGGAUAUGCGACUGCGGUGGCUGGGAUGUCGGAUGUAAAAUCCAUAUCCUCUCUAACAAAUCCCUCCUCAGUGAAUUUGACCAAAGCUUCAAACUUUACGAUCAGGGAGGAAGUGAAGACGAGUCGGGUCCAGCUUUGGAAAUGACGGAGCUAAAGACAGGGAUCUAUAGGGUUGAGUUUGGUUCGUUUCUUUCGCAUCUACAAGCGUUUUUUGUGUGCGUGACCGUUAUUACAUGUGCCUCCGAAGAGGAACCGGUGUCAAAGGCAACCGGAAAAUCUUCCUCACCUUUUGCUCCGCCAUUAUCUCCUGUUGGUAGAGCCUGA